GAUGGGUCAACGUAGCUCUCGUUGCGAAGAGGCAGAAAAAUAUUUUGGCCGUGUGUACAAUGUGCAUGGUACACCGCCACAGUCUUUCACUAGUUUGAUGGAAGCCCACCCACAUCCAGAUGGUGAUGGAGUGGAGGAUGUGGAUGGGGAAAAGAAGAAAGUGAGGAAGGAGGACACCUCUAAGAAAAAGAAAAAGAGGUUCAAGUUGUGGAGGUGGAGCUCUUGUUGGAGAGCUGGUAAAAAAAACAGCAGGAAGGCCAGCUCAGUUCAGGGUGAAGAUGAGAGUCAGGGUAGGCCUACUGAUGUAGAAGCAGUAUCACCUAGAAGAAGUCCUGAUGAUCAGAAUUCACUACAGCAGUUUGUCUGUACUAUAGACAACCACAAUCAUCAGGAACCUUCAGGCAGUGACCCUGAAAUCUCUCCUGGAGGAGAAGAACAUCUUGCUGUUCAUCCUGAUGCAGAUGUCCUCCAAUCACCAGUAUUACCAGUUGAUACUGCAUCAGACUGGAGCGCUGACAUUGCCCAGGCUCCAGUCCUUCAUACUGCAUCUGCCUGGAGCAUUAAUGCCGGCCUGACUCCAGUCUUUAGGGCAUCGAACUGGAAUGGUGAUUUUGCACGGACGUCAUCUGACUGGAACAUUUAUGUGGGCCUGACUUCAGCAUGCACCAUGUCACUGUCAGACUUGAGCACUGACGUCACACAGACUUCAGCACGCACUGCAUUAAACUGGAGAGCUGACGUCACCCAAACUCCAGUACACACAGCGUCAGACUGGAGCAUUGACAUCACCCAAACUCCAGUCCGCACCGCUUCUGAUUGGAGUACUGAUAUCGCUCAGACUCCAGUCCGGCACACCCCUUCCAACUGGAGCAACGACAUUGCCCAGACUCCAAUCUAUGCCACAUCAAACUGGAGUAUCAAUAUCAUCCAAACUUCAGUUAGUUCCACAGAGGUCUCUGAAUCACCUCUGACAUGGCAGCUGGAGAAAAAUGGAAGGAUGAAAAUUGAAGUCAUAAAUUCCUGCGACUAUGUGAUCGGCGAUAUGUUGGGUGAAGGAACCUUUGGAGCCGUGUAUGAAGGGAGUCGUCUGCAGGAUGGCUUUGAGGUGGCAGUGAAAUAUGUGGCAAAGACGAAGAAUGUGGAAUACAUCAGUAUCCCGGGUCAUCCCAAGCCCCUUCCACUUGAGGUUGCACUGCACAUCCUCGCCAACAGAGGCCCCAGCAUUCCAGAAAUAAUCCAGCUGCUGGACUGGCAGGACCAGCAUGAAUAUUAUGUUAUGGUGAUGGAGCGCCCCUCACCCUGCGAGGACCUGUUUGAAUUUGCAGAAGGCCACGGAGGCAGCAUUGAUGAAGGCUUAGCUUGUGUCGUCAUGCGGCAGGCAACACAGGCCGCUCACAUGUGCUGCCGCCGUGGGGUUCUACAUGGCGAUAUCAAACUUGAAAAUCUGCUCAUUAAUACGGAUACCCAUGAAGUUAAGCUAAUUGAUUUUGGGUGUGGCGACCUCCUUAAGAAAUCGGCCUACAAGAUAUUCGCUGGCACUGAUCAGUACUGCCCGCCAGAGUUUAAGGAGAAGGGGGAGUACAAUGCGAAGCCAGCAACAGUCUGGUCCCUCGGUGUUCUCUUGUUCGCGCUGGUGUGUGGGGAUUUUCCCAAUGUUGAUGACUUGAACAAGAUCAAUGCAAACAACUUCUCCAAAGCUGGCUUGUCCGAAGAAUGCUGCCAGUUGAUUAGUUCUUGUCUCCGGCAAGAGCCAGAGCAGCGGCUUCGAUUAAGCGAGAUUCUUCUCCACGACUGGUUCAAGGUCACAGACGUGGAGAAACUAAAAACAGUGUAAAGAAAAGGACAGGAACCAAUGGAGUGGCUCUGCAGUUGUGGCUUCGGCCCCCAAGACCCCUAUCAUGGCCCCAGAGGUUCUGGUCAAAUCAACAAGCAAGGCGACUUCACCCCAGAGCUCCAUGUCCUAGCCCCCAACAUGUUCCUGUCAGUGUUGUCCCUGAGGUUGAGCUUCUUCAGAGCUAGUGCCUGUCUCCUUCCACAUCCCAAGAUGUUCCAAUCUGUUUGGCCCUAGUCAUAGCUGGUUCCCAAGGCUGCUGUCUUCCAAGGGCAUAUGUGUGCCCUAAAGAUUUCUGCCCCAGAGCCAGUGGCAGAGAUCACACCUCUUUCAAAGUUGGUGCCCUGGUACCACAGCUCCCUGUCUUGGGCAUCCUGGGUCAGAGUGGUUUGUGUCAGUGUGUCAGGUUUGUAGUCUUUAGUGAAAUCUUCAUGUGAAAGUAACUUUCUUUGCUCCCUUCUAUGGCUAGGCUAGCCUAGCCUAGUUCUAGAGCUCCCUUUCUUAGUCUGUCCAAUUUUAGAGCUCCUUUCCAGUGAUGUUCCUGUCACAAGUGCCCCAUAGGUUCUUGUUAUGAGCCUUGCCAAAGCCAUUCCCUUGGUUUCAGAGCUCCCUGUUUCUUGUUGUCUCAGGCUGCUCUAGUCCAAGUGUUCCAUUCCACUCAGAUACUAGUGUUAGGACUGCCUCAGAUCGUCCUGUUGCUGCCUGCUGUGCCUCUCAUUCCAGUUUCAGAUAUCUCUCUCUCAGGCCACCACAGUCACAGUGCCAUAGGUCACUGUCAGUGUCCAUACGUUCCUGUCAUGGACCCUACCAGAGCCCAAGACCUUCCCUGUCCUGUCACUGCCAUCUUCACAGCCAGCAGUCAAAGAUAAACUGUCUUCAGCUGCCCUGGUCCUGCACCAAUCUCCAUUCAAAGUUAACAAUAAAUGUCAUAAUAUGCAUUAAUUAAACUGGCUUUGUUCACAGUGACACUAUUAUUCAUAAUCUGCUGAAGAAUUAAGUAAGUAUUAAGAGUCAUACAGUCUAAUACUUGUUCAUUGGUUUAUAAUCCAUGUUCACUGCCAUUGAACUUCAAGUUCUGCAUC